GUUGAGACGUCCAAUUAGCACGCAAUUAUUCCAAAAAAGCAAAAGUUCUUGAUUAAGACUGCUGAAAAGAAUUUAAAACAUAAAGGAAAGAGAAUUUCAAUUGCAGAAGACAUGAAAAUUACUGCAUUUGGUUUGUUUGUUGUAAGCUGCUGGGUAGCGGUAAACUGCGAUCGUCUCACUUAUGUGGGUCCCAGCAAUGAUCGAAGUUUCAUUUAUUCGUAUAAUGGAAAUCAAUUCAAAGUUAAUAAAGAUUUCCAUGAAACCUAUCAAGCAGAUGCCGAGUUUGCCGAGCGUUCAUUUCUAAGAAAUUCUGUAAACUUUUCGAGUCGUGGCGGUGAAACUUUAAGACAUGAUGAGACUUCACGAGUUCAAGGGCCAACACCCGAAGAAAUACGCAGAGCUCAAAGUAUUCAUACCUUCAGACCAAAUUCACGACCACAUAUAUCUGAACUUGGAAUUCAGUUUCCUGAUCCCAGCACUGAAUCUGAUUCACUACCAGUUCAUUCUACCGGAUUCAAUGUUCCCAUUCCAAAGGAUCGAAACAAAGAACAAUCUGGGACAAAUUAUGCACAACAAAUAACAGAAUUUGCUUUGAACCUUUUUAAAUAUUCCAACAACCAAGAAAAUUUCGUUCUUAGUCCACUUUCGCCUCAAAUAUUGUUAAGCUACUUAGCGUGGGUGGCAGAUGGACAAACAAGAAAUGAACUUGUUCGCACAAAUGGAUUCGGUAAUCCUGAUCAAAUACAAAGCAUUGUUUCAUCAAUGUUAUCAGAUUCUUCUGGCAGAGAACUUCAAAUCGCAACAGCUUUCUUUAUUUCUCAAGAAAUGAGGUUAAACCAGGAAUUUUUAAACAAAGCUGUUCGUUCAGUUGAUGUUGUUCCAGUUGAUUUUAAGCAACCAGAAAUAGCUGGUAGAGUGAUCUCUAAAUGGGCAAAAAGUAAGACCAAGGGUGGCCUUAAACUCAAGGAAGUGAACUACGCACCUGCUACAAAAAUUGCUUUGACCAACGCUAUUUAUUUCAAAGGCAAUUGGAUUUACACAUUCCAACCAUCGAAACCUGGCACUUUUAACACACCAACUGGACCAGUGCAAGCCGAAAUGAUGAACAUGAAGCGUAAAUUCCAUUGGGGUGAAAUUAGUAACUACGCUCAAUGGGUUGCAAUACCUUAUGAGUCAUCUGACUCUCUAGUCAUCAUUUUACCCAAUGAAGAUCAAAAAAUUGAUUACGUUAUGAGUUUAAUUGAAGCUCGUGAUCUUGAAAAUAUCAUCUACAAUGUUGAUAGUGAUUCAAGCAAAGCUGACGUCAACAUCACGUUACCAAAAUUCAAAAUUGAGAGUACAACGAGCUUGGUCGCACCACUUCAAAAGAUGGGAAUCACAACUUUGUUUACUCCACGUGCCGAACUUCCUUACUUAUCUGAUUAUGAUGCUGUUGAAGUGUCUAAUGCGCAACAACAGGCAUCAAUGGAAGUUAAUGAAAAUGGAACCGUUUUAAUUGCCUUCACCAACCUAAAUGUAGUUGCUUUAAGCUUCCAACCAGCUGUACCAAAUGUCGUAUUCAAUGUGAAUCGACCUUUUAUUGCAAUCAUUGUUGAUCGCAAGAAGAACAUCCCAUUCGUCAUGGCGAAAAUUACAAAUCCAACUGCUGCAUAAUUAAUUUUUUUUCUCUCGUUUUAUUCUGAUUAUGUGUCAAUGUAUAAUGAAAUUGAUACAAAGCAAAUUAAUUAAACAUUAAAAUACCGUCUGUUUUGUCUAAGUGAGAUAACACUUAAAUAUAUCUAUUUUGUUAUUAUUUUUAUUAUUUAAAAUUAAAUAUUUUCCAAGUGACAGACUGAAUUCUGUUGAGCGUUAAAAUACUUCAAAAAUUAAAAGAAAUAUUGAAGGAGAGGAAGAAUCAAUCGCAAAGGCUUUUAUCAGUUAUCUCGAAUUCU